AUGACUAAGAUAAUCAUAAAAGUUUUCGAAGAGAUUGCUGCGAUCGUGCACGAGGAUGUGAAGCAACAAGGAGGCCAGAACGUUGAAAGUGAAAAUGUUGGAGACGAGGAUUUCAAGGUUUUCCCAAUUGUCGAAGCACUCGGUGAAAAUCGACUCGGCGAGCAUUAUCAAAAGGUUUUGAUGCGUGGGUUCCAAAGGCUUCUGGAGCGCAGUGCCGAGUUGUAG